AUGUCAUAUUACAUGAGUCCUGAAUCCGUUGCUAUUCAGCUAGAAAAUCUAGUUAGAAUUUUACGAGAUCCAAAGGAACAUGGAAUAGACGUUACCAAGGAGUUAAUUCAUUCGCCCCAUGUCUUUCCUUUUCCUGAUUCCUCUUCAUCAGACUCUGUUGACCUUUUUGUGGUCUCGUUUCUUGUUGAGGGUUUUGAAGCUGCCGCUACAAGAAAAGCAUCAAUUACUGACCCAACUGUUACUCCACAAGACUGGACUAACAAUAUAUAUAAGGCCGUAGGAAAUCUAAAACCAGAACAUCAAUGGCGGGCUUUGCCUCCUCUUGCUGGCCUUAUUAAAGCUAUAUAUUACCAAAAGCUGCGAUUAGAAACUCAGUCACAACAAAAAGGAAGAAAUAGAAGGGAUGUGGGCAUUCUUGCUGAUACAUCUCUAGUACAUGAUAUUCAAAAAAGCUUCAUUUCAAUUAUCAACAAGACAUUUGAAAUAUAUGGAAAUAUUUUUGAUUCUCAAUUUUUUGAAAAUGAGUUACAGAUUCCCGUUGUUAUCUAUACACUAUCUGUGACUCUUCAAUUUCUCUCCAACUCAUUGAAAAAAAAAAUCAAUUAUACCUUAGUAUUACCUUAUUCGGUGUCUUUUGUGUAUUUUUCGCAAAAGGGACUUUAUGGAGGAAAGUUAUUAAGAACACUUACGGAUAAAAAUAAUCAAAGUAUUGCUAUAUCACUUGAUAGAAAUCCGGUAUUUACAAAACUAAGUUCACUAUCUAUUUUAAUUCAAACAGCUGUUCAAGAAAUAAAUUCUGCUAACGCCUUUGUGGCUUGCAAAGCACUCGAUGUUAUAUACCAAUUUUCACAUUCUUUGGCAGAUGAAUGGCAGAAUUCAGUGUCUAAACAAGCUGACAACAUUUUUCAAGCUGAUUCUACUUCUUGGGAAUUUUUAAAGGUUUGUUUAUUUUCAGUAUCUUUGGCUUUAGAGGGAUAUACAAAGUGGAUAUUGGCUUCUGUUAAUAAAACGGAAUAUUAUAAAAAUUCAAUCAAUAUAUCAUCUACCAUUGUUCAGAUUUUUUCUAAUAUGUACUUUAUCGUUGCCCAAAUAAGCCUCACUGGGUUUCCAACAUUUGAUUUUGUUUAUUUUUCGGCAAUCGACAUUCUUCUUGACCCGCAGUUUCACUAUCAAGAAUUUUCUAAUAUUAUAUCACGAAUUUCAGUUCCAAUUUUAUCAAUGUCAAAUCAACAAAGAAAUAAAAUGAUUUCAAACAAUCUUGUUUAUCGAGGGAAAGUCAUUUACUUAUUAAAUCUUUGUGAAGUAUUAACGCCAUUUUUACCUACAACAACUUUUCCAAAUAAACAAGUUCCUUUAAUAACAUUAGCAGGUGAUAUAAUUCCUUUGACAAAAAAGUUUUUAUAUCCUCCUCCAGUCUCACCAGACACUCCAAACUUAACCCUAACAUAUUUUCAACCUAUCUUGGAAUCUGCUCAUUCUGUAAUGUUAGCUGUCAUUACUACUCCUUCUCAGGUUUAUGAACGAAUAAAUGGAAACGAAAUCACUGGAAUCCUUCCCACAUUUUUAAGUUUUUCUAAAUACGAAUCUGAUGAUGCCAACACCCUUACUUCUUUGCCCCAACUUGUGCAGAAAAUCAUUCCCGAAUAUUUUAAAACCGUGAAUGAUCUUUUUGUGGGUGUUCUUUCGUUUCAUCAAUUUACAUUAGCUAUUACAACUUUAGUUAAAGCAGUCUCACCCCCUUCACCAAUUUUUUCAUUGGAUCCACAAAGAGCAGGGUGGAUGAUUGAUUUUUUAAUUGAGCGAUCUGAUGAAGUCGGAGCAGGUAUUUCUCUUCCUACCGAAUUAGGGGCAUUAAGAUUACAUGAAACCGGUGAUAAAGCCGAUACAAAUCAAAAAUCAAUUUCAUCAGGACUGCAGGCACCUCCAACUAUUCGUGCUGUGAUUUUGGGCUCUGUCAUUCAUGCUUUACCUUACUUAGAUGCUCAAGUUUUAGAGAAGUAUUUGAGUUUAAUAUGGAAAAGAAUAGACCAAACAACAAAAUUCAGCAGCAUAUAUUCUAGUUCUAUUACUCAGGAGCAAAAUUACUUGGAAAUAGAUAUGUUUAACAUGAUUUCCAGAGAACUUGAUCAGCAAAAGGCAACCGUCGGAAUUAAAUGGUGGUAUCAAAAAUCUAUGUUAUAA